UCUCCUUCUCUUUCUUCUUAAUAAUGUCUCCCCCUCAACCCCCCUCCCCUCGUCCCGGCCCCUACUUUAUAUACCCCUCAAAACACUCACACGUCUCUCGAUCCACCCAGCGUAUAAAUUUCCAACCCCAAAGAGAACAAUAUUUAUACCUGUACCCAUCGCACUUGCUAUAUGAAAUUCCCAAUCUCUUCAAUUUCUACACACACACACUUGCUAAUUUUUUGAUAUGUCAGCAGCAGCCGCCGCCGCUGCAGCUGCAGUCUGCCGCUCCGGCUCGACCACCAGCAGCUCCAGCGGCGCCGACAACUACCACCACCACCAACAACAACAACACCGACCGUUAGUGACGCCGUCACUAACGGCAGCGCAGCCGGUGCUAAGCAGGUACGAGUCGCAAAAGCGGCGUGACUGGAUCACGUUCGGGCAGUAUCUCAAGAACCACAAGCCGCCGCUGACGCUGUCGCGGUGCAGCGGGGCCCACGUGCUGGAGUUCCUCCGGUACCUAGACCAGUUCGGGAAGACCAAGGUCCACGCGGACGUUUGUCCGUUCUACGGGCACCCCCACCCUCCCGCGCCCUGCCCCUGCCCGCUGCGCCAGGCGUGGGGCAGCCUCGACGCGCUCAUUGGCCGGCUGCGGGCAGCGUUCGAGGAGAACGGCGGACAGCCCGAGACCAACCCGUUUGGAGCGCGGGCGGUGAGGUUGUAUCUGAGGGAGGUGAGGGACAGCCAGGCCAAGGCCAGGGGUAUUGCCUAUGAGAAGAAGAAGAGGAAGAAAGUAGGGGCAUCGCAACAACAACAGCAGCAACAGCAACAGCAACAGCAGCAGCAGGAUGAGCUCGGGGAGGAGCAGCAGGGGCAACAUGGUAAUUUCGGUUCAUCAGGUUAUGGCAAUGGUGUUCUCGGUGGGGGAAGUGAUGGAUCAUCAAAUAGGGUUGUGUUUGUUGGGGCUGCUUCUUCCACUGCUGCUAGGGGCUCUAUGAUCCCUUUGUCAGCGCUAAACUAAAUUAGCUAGUAAUUAUCCCCUUAAUGAUAUAAAUAUCUUAGCUAUCUAGCUAGUUGCAUGAUAUGAAAAGAAUGUAAGGGCUUUUGAUAUUUUGUGUUAAUUAACCUUUUCUUUAAUCCGGCAACUAAAAAUAGACCCUUAAUUAGUGCUA